CCACGAAACACCCAAACCCGCGAUUGCACCACUCUAAACUUACGAUCUUCUACUCGAGAAGAGCUCACAAUUUCAAAACCAGAAAGUUGAAACCACCACCUCCAACAAGCUACAGUACCCAGCAAAACCAAAAAACAAACCAUGGUCCAACCACAAAAAGCACAUGCCGGUAAUAAUAUCAAGGUCGUCAAGAGAACCAAGCCUCGUCGACAGAGUGGAGAAGCCGUCAAGGGUAUCCAGCAAGGCAGCAGCUGUUUGGCAGCCCACAGGAUUGAAAACUGCGAUCAAGACCUGCAACGCAUGCGUCGCAACUCUCCCCAAAGCGUCCUCCAAGACCUAGAGGCCAUCUUUCACGUGUCGUCCGUCCAACACGAGAUUGCGCACUUGCUGGCACGACCUCGCAGUGCGUUCGGAGAAGAGUCCGCCACAUUUCUGGUCGAGGAUGAUAACGAUGACAGUCGGAAAGAUGAUGAAGACUUGAUUGUUGUCAUGGAUAUGGAAGACGAGGAGAAGGAAGACGUGGUGGCGGAAGGACCAUCACGGGCCAAGAGAUCCAAGGCCCGCCGUCAGAGUGGAGAGACAGUCUCGAAGUUCUUGACCAAGAACAAGGAAUCGAUCCGAUUUGCAAAGACAGUAAACUCCAUCGAGCUGUGCGAUCCCGACACCACGCAAAGGCGCCGCAGCUGCAGAAAGCGCAUUCUGCGUCAAGCUUCCGAAUGAUGAUGAAGCAAAAAGUCCGGCUUGAUUUCUACCGGCCGUAGCUAUGAGUUCCAAUCAUUGCUAGUAGUCUAUAGUGAAGUAAACCUGUAAUCCUCUUGGUUAGAAUUG